ACGGCAAAAGACUUUCUUGACUGUAGUAAGCAUCGGGUCUGGGGGAACAAGGCUGGAUUUCACUUUCAACAGGUUCUCCCGAGAUCACUUUCUUCGGUUGGGUCCGCGGUGACGCUCUGUGUUUCCCCCUCUCGGCGUUAAUCCCCCAACAGUCCGGCCACCGGAGGAGGGUUCCUUCCUCACGAGACUUCUUUUAAUCGGUGACCAACAUUUCAGUGCGACUAGUACUUGUGUCAGUUUUACACCGAAGAGGACAGGCACCGAAACAGAUUAGAUAUCAGUAUGCGGUUUGGCGUGGUGUGGGGCAUGCUGCUGGCAGCGGCGGUCGUCGGCGGUCAAAACCUGACCGUCAAAACCGAUCCGGGCCGGCCCUCGGAAAACCUACAGAAACUGCUGAAGAGAAAAGAAAGCGAGGCGAAACUCUGGAUCGCGUCUGAAACCGGUUUGCAGUGGCUGGCCACCGUUUACAGCCCCCAUAAGUGGAACCCAAACAGCUUACCCGGCGCGAAAAACAUAUCCGGGCAGUGCAAAUCGUCGAUGAAAAUCUACCUGAUGGCACUGGCCAAAGGAGUUCUCUGGGCCGCUAAAGCUUCUGACGCAAGUGGGCGAUAUUCGUCGCAAUUUUUUUUCGGAAACGAUUUUUGGCUGGGAUCACAAAAGCUGUGCUCUGAGAUAACACCUGAGGCGCCUUUCCCUGUCGCCUUCCAUCUCGUCAAGUUCAGCCUGGUGCUCGACAAGGAAUUCACUCCCAAGGCUCGUGAUAUGUCAUUGGGCGUUUGUUUACCAGAGGCGUGCUCUUCAGACGAUAUAAAAAGUCUUCUCGAGGCGACGAACAUCCCACCGGAUGCCAACCACAACUUGACACUUCUGAGGAUCAGGCCUGUCCCCGGGUCCUACACGCUUGCAACCGAUCCAAAAGUUCACAUAAUGCUGAGCGUAAGUAUCAUCGUCUUUGUUCUAAUGGCGGUCGGAACCGUCUACGAAUGGAUUUUGGAGAGGAGAAGAAGGAAAUGCCACGUGCACAGGGCGAACAACAACGAAUCGGCGAAAAUGGAUAAAAUAACUUUCGAUAAGGAGGAACUUUCCAAGUCGGAAAGCGAUCUAAUGGCGACCCUGGAUCCGUGCAAAGGGAUGGGCAAGUUUGGAGAAAUCGUCUUAUCGUUCUCAGUUUUGACAAACGGAAGGAAAAUCCUCGAGUGCGGAACUCCUUCAAAAGAUAGCAUCUCGUGCGUACACGGAUUAAGGUUCUUCAGUUUGGCCUGGGUCAUAAUGGUUCACACUUAUCUCCAAGUCUUCGCCAUUGCGGAGAAUAAACGUCUCAGGACUUUAGCCGAGGAGACGUUCGGCUUCCAGACCGUCUCGAAUGCUACCUUUUCCGUCGACUCUUUCUUCUUCAUAAGUGGUCUUUUGGUUUCGUACUUAUAUUUCAAAGGGACUUCAAAGCCUGAAAGAGAACAGACAAUCCGGACUCCUCGAGCCCCAAGACCUUUCUUAGUUGAAAUGAAAAUUAUGGCUUUAAAAUACUUCACCCUGCUCGGAUAUCGUUUCAUCAGACUCACUCCGGCCUAUUUAUUUGUGCUCGGUAUGACCGAGGUUGCGAUGAGAUGGAUCAAGAAUAACUCCGUUUUUGAACCAGUCAGCAUGGACAACGUCAAUUGUGCCAAAUACUGGUGGAGAAACGCGCUUUAUAUCAACAGUCUCUUUCCGAGAAAAGAAAUGUGCAUGCUGUGGAGUUGGUAUCUCUCAAACGAUACGCAGUUUUAUGUCCUCGGUAUAAUGUUUCUACUUAUCUCCUCGAAAUUCUUCAGAGUGGCUGCAACUUCUUUGGUUCUUAUUCUUCUCAGCUCCUGUGUGACAACUGCAAUAAUAUCUGUUUAUUACGAUCACAUUGUUAGCAUUCAGCAGCCGUUUAUUUUGUUCGACGAGCUUUACGACAAACCGUGGACUAGACUCGGCCCGUACCUUAUCGGAAUGUUUACCGGUUACUUUUUAUACAGGACAAGAGGAACUAUUAAAAUAUCAAAGGUCGUUAGCUUGAUCGGAUGGAUAAUCGCACUUUCCGUUCUCAUCAGCCUCGUUUAUGGAGUUCUCGGAGCAAAUCUAGGAAUAACCGGUUCAGCGUUGUACGCUGGACUUGGACAUACUGCCUGGGGUGCAGCACUAGCCUGGAUUGUGGUGGCAUGUACAGCCGGAAUGGGAGGGUGCGUCAACUCGUUGCUGUCCUGUCGCCUUCUUCAGCCACUUAGCCGGCUUACGUACUGCGCGUACCUCAUACACCCAGUCAUCAUGGUCUUGACAUCUUUCCAGAUGGAUGGCCCUCUCCACCUUUCGACACCUGUGACUUUCAUCCUCUACUUCGGCAACAUGGUUGCGGCGUUUUUGGCCUCCUUCUUCAUAUCGCUGGCCUUCGAAGCACCAACCGUCCGACUCCUUAAAGUCUGCCUGUCUCCAGUAAUGGCCAAACAAAACAACUGAAGGGCGAAAAAUUUCGAUUUUGGUUUUGUUUAUAAAUAUUGUAAAUAGGUGGGCAUUUUUUUGACUGAAUGUAAAGUGU